AUGACGGGAAAUACAGUUGUUGAACUUAAUCAAGAUGUUGGAUGUUAUCUACUAAGAUUUAUUGAUGGAGUAGACGCGGUUAAUUUUAUCGAAGCAGUGAACAAUAGUCGACAAUUUUGGUCAAUUGCAAAAACAUCCAAUCAUCAUUUUAUUGAGAUGAUUAAGGCGUUCCGUGGUCAUCACAGAAUUCUAUUAUCACGUGCACUAUUUGAAGACUUUACAGAUGAAUAUGAAAUCGAUGAUGAACAACUCAUCGUAGUCUCAAAGCGCUAUUCUGAUGUCAUUGAGCCGUCUAUACGUCUAUAUAUUCAUCCUUGCUUUAGUACUGAAGGGUUUACAAAAUUGUGUGAAGUCUAUAAGACUUCUCUUUUCAGCUGCUAUUCUCGACUCUUACCGUUGAACACUGUUUGUUACAAUUACAAUGCAGAUUUUGGACUUCUUGAUUAUGAAUGGUAUGGUCAUACAAUUGGAUCGGAGCGCAUGUUAAAUGAUCACGAAAAAAAUUUGUUCAAAGUUAAUACGUAUUUUAAUAAGAAUGAAGAUCGAAAUGGUUGCUCGAGAAUGAUAUUUGUGCAUACAGUGAACGAAUUUAAAGAGAAUCUGGUCACUCGUUUUUCAUCGGAUGAAUGGCUAGGAGCAAUAGACUUCUCAAAAUGGGUCAUUGCUGGAGGAUGUGUAUUAAAUGCUUUAUGUCGAUCACCGUUUCCGGAUACCAAACAACAAGACAUCAACUUGAUGUACUAUGUGAGUGAAAUAUUGGAUUUUAACAAAUCAAUAGAUAUCACUGUCAAUAAUCUUAAUAAAAUGGUUUCACAAGGUUCACGGAAAGAAAUCAAAGUGGAGAAAAUACCAGGCACACCUUGUUACAAUGUGUUUCUACCUUGCCAUAUCCGACUUAAAUUCACUUGGACGGAUAUAGGAAAUUCAAAAAAUCCAGUUUCACAUAUUCUACACAAUUUUGAUAUGGAUAUUUGUCAAGUAGCCUUUACUGGAGAUAAAAUCGUUUCAACAUUUCCAUUCUUGCAAGCUCUUGCGACAAAAUCGUUUAUUGUUUAUAGUCUACAUGCACGAAGUCCAAAACAUUUAUGCACACGUAUAGCAAAAUAUUGUAACAGAGGAUUCAAUCUGCUAGAACCCCUUGAUUUCGAUGGCGAUUUUGAUUCAUUGAUGAUACAAGAAGAAGUUCCAUUGUAUCGAGUUGAACAUCAACAGUAUAUUGAUGAUGACGGUGAGAUUCAAUUUGCUACAAAAGAAUUUCACCGAUCAUUUCUAAAUAAUGUUGAUACUUUUCGGCUUCAAGAGAAAUUCAUGCGUAUGGUUUGUCCCCAAUUAUUACAAUAUGCUUAA